AUGCGGGCACAGCUCACAAGGAGGACGCUGCUUGGCCUGGUCCUCGAACUCCUAUUCCCCAGCAUGGUGCUCGCGGGCAACUGCUCGGUAGACUACCCAGGGCUUCUCAAGCAACUCCGGAAGCAGGCGGAGUACAUGCAGGACACCAGCAGGCUCCUGGACCCCUUUAUGCGCAGCCAGGGCCUGGACAUGCAGGGACUGAGAGAGCACUGCACGGAGAGCCCCGCGGCCUUCCCCAGCGAGGGCGUGCUGCGGGGACUGGACAGGCAGGGCUUCCUGAGGAGCCUUAAUGCCUCGCUGGGCCGCGUCCUGCACACCCUGGCUGCCUUCCAGCUGCAGCUGCCUGCGGCCCCGGACCUGAAGCAGCCGCCCAGGCCGCAGCGGCACACCCAGGACUUGGAGACGCAGCGGGUGGCUCUGCUGUACCUCCACGGGCUCAGGAACAACAUCCACUGCAUGUCCCAGCUGCUCGGCAGCUCCUCGGACGCGGCAGAGCCCCCGCGGGCCGACCUGGCGGCCUCGCCGCCACCCACCCUCGCCCCGGAUGGCUUUUCGCUCAAAGUGCGGGCCUGCCGGACCCUGCGAGGGUUCCACGGCUUCAUGCACUCGGUGCGGCGGGUCUUGGGCCAGUGGAACGAGAGCCUCAGCCGGAGACGGAGACACAGCCCCCACCGGGCCCCGCGGAAAGGGGCCCCCAGGACCAGGCCUUCCGGGAGGGGCCGGAGACUCGUGCCCAGGCGGCAGCGGCCCCGGUAG